AUGGUGUUCAAUAUUUGCGGUAUAAUUUCUGCCGAUUUUUUGAGUGGUUUAGUCCAUUGGAUGGCCGACACAUGGGGUUCAGUGGAGCUGACAGUUGUGGGCCAAGCAUUUAUCCGACCAUUUCGUGAGCACCACAUCGAUCCGACCGCUAUUACCCGACACGACUUCAUUGAGACAAAUGGUGAUAAUUUUAUGGCUAUUAUUCCCGGACUCGUCUACUUAUUAUACUUUUUCCGUUCAAAUGAAUACAAAAUUAUUUGUUUGAAUUAUAAUUGGAUUUGUUAUCUCUUUUUACUCGCAAUAUUCGUUGCGAUGACUAAUCAAAUACACCAAUUGUCACAUAUAUACGGCCCGUUACCUGUUUGGAUACUCUUCCUACAGGACAUGCAUAUAAUCCUUCCCCGAAAGCACCACAGAAUACAUCACAUCUCACCCCACGAGACAUACUUCUGCAUAACGACAGGUUGGCUCAACUUUCCACUAGAGAUCAUACACUUUUGGUCCGCACUUGAACUCAUCAUCCAAUCCAUCACUGGAUGCAAACCACGAUCUGACGAUCUCAAGUGGGCUCAAAAGGGGUUGGGAGCCCCCACUCUACCAAACACUCUCAACCAUAUAGAACAAGCCAUUCCUUCUCAUUGACUACAUUAGAGGACCACUUAUUUAUUAAUUUUUUAGAUUUUAAAUCAAUUGCAAUCAUUCAUUUACUAGACACACACACUC